GGCCUCUUUCUGGGAGAAACUCAAAUCCUUCACUUCUUUUUUUCUUCUUUUGCAUCCAACCAAAAAUUAAAAAUCACCAGUAAACUCAUUAGUCAUUACACACCUACAAAACCUCCAUUUUCGCCAGUUAAAAACCUUCAUCUUCUCCAAUUCAACUCCCUUUCAGAUGAACUCGCGCUGAUUCUUCAACCUACAUUUCUACAUACUUUGAUCAGUCAUUGAAUCAAUCAAGCAUUCAACCAAAAUUCUGUAAAAAUGAUGGUAGAUUUAGGCGCAUUUUCCGACGAGAAAUUCGACGCCAAAAAAUGGAUAAACAUGGCGGUAAAAUCACGUCAUCCUCAAGAUGCAUUGGAGAAACACUUAGUAGAUCUGGAAAUGAAGCUUCAGUUGAUGUCUGAAGAGAUCUCUGCUUCUCUUGAAGAACAAAGUGCUGCCGCCAUUCUCCGUGUUCCACGUGCUACUCGUGACGUCAUCCGCAUUCGCGACGACGCCGUUUCUCUCCGCUCCUCCAUCUCCUCCAUCCUCGGCAAGAUCAAGCAGGCAGAAGGCUCUGCUGCGGACUCUAUUGCAGCUCUGGCAAAAGUUGAUACUGUCAAAUUUAGGAUGGAAGCUGCGUAUAAGACAUUGCAGGAUGCUGCUGGGUUGACCCAAUUGAGCUCAACUGUGGAGGAUGUUUUUGCCAGUGGUGAUCUUCCACGAGCGGCAGAAACAUUGGCCAACAUGAGACAUUGCUUGUCUGCAGUAGGGGAGGUUGCUGAAUUUGCAAAUAUCAGGAAGCAACUUGAGGUCUUAGAGGAUAGGCUGGAAGCAAUGGUGCAGCCUCGCUUGACAGAUGCUCUGUCUAACCGUAAAGUUGAAGUUGCUCAAGAGAUGCGGGGAAUUCUUGUGCGAAUUGGUAGAUUCCAGUCCUUAGAAGUGUACUAUACUAAGGUUCACCUCAAAUCCAUAAAACAACUUUGGGAUGUAUUUGAAUCCAGGCAGCGAAGCAAUAAGUUGGCAACUGAGAAAAAUGAUGGGGAAAGGCUAGCAAGUCUGAAUGAAUUUCAAUCAAAUCAUUCAGCUCUUUCGCUCCUCUCUUGGCUGCCAAGUUUUUAUGAUGAGCUGUUAUUCUACCUUGAGCAAGAAUGGAAAUGGUGCACAAUUGCCUUCCCUGAUGAUUAUAAAACACUGAUACCAAAGCUAGUAAUUGAGACGAUGUUGGCUAUUAAGCCAAGCUUCAUUUCCCGCAUCAACCUUGCAACUGGAGAUGCUGUUCCUGAAACAAAAGCAUUAGCUAAAGGAAUAUUGGAUUUAUUAUCUGGUGAUAUGCCCAAGGGAAUAAAGAUUGACAGCAAGCAUCUUGAUGCAAUGAUCGAGCUGCAUAAUGUGACUUGUACUUUUGCAAGAAAUAUUCAACAUCUCUGUUCAGAAUCCGAGAUGCAAGUAUUACUUGAUACAAUGAAAGCAGUUUACUCUCCUUUUGAGACGUUUAAACAGAAAUACGGGAAAAUGGAGCGUGCCAUCCUUGCAUCUGAGAUAGGAAAGUUAGAUCUUAGAGGAGCUGUUACUCGUGGAGUUGGUGCACAGGGAAUAGAAUUGAGUGAAACUGUAAGAAGGAUGGAGGAAUCAAUACCACAAGUCAUUUUGCUUCUUGAAGCAGCAGUGGAGAGGUGUAUCAAUUUUACUGGUGGUUCUGAGGCAGAUGAGCUAAUUGCUUCUUUGGACGACAUAAUGCUGCAGUACAUUUCUAUGCUUAAUGAGACAUUAAAAUCACUAAGAGCAGUAUGUGGAGUAGAUAAUACAUUUGACAGUGCAAAGAGAGAAUCAGGAUUGGACAAGAAGGAAGGAGCACACAAUCCUCGUAAACCUGACCUAAUUUCAAACGAGGAAGAAUGGUCCAUUGUUCAAGGGGCCUUGCAGAUUCUCACUGUUGCUGAUUGUCUAACAAGCAGAUCCUCAGUCUUUGAAGCUUCUCUGAGGGCUAAUCUUUCUGGAUUAAGCACAAGUCUGGUUGUAUCUGUAUUUGGUGUUGACCAAAAUCAGAGAAAAUUAUCCAUUGACGAUGAGAAUGCGAAUGCAAAGUUAGAUGUAAAAGCUGCACUAGAUAUGGCUACUGUGCGGUUAUUUGAUGCUCCUGAAAAGGCUCGAAAGCUAUCUUAUCUUCUAGAACAGUCUAAAGACCCUCGGUUUCAUGCACUUCCACUUGCAUCUCAGAGAGUUGCUGCAUUUGCAGAAACUGUUAAUGAACUUGUGUAUGAUGUCCUGAUAUCAAAGGUACGACAGCGUCUCAGUGACUUGUCACGCAUGCCAAUUUGGUCAUCUGCAGAGGAAACCAGUGCUUUUCACCUCCCCAGCUUCAGCGCAUACCCUCAGUCCUAUGUCACCAGUGUUGGUGAAUAUCUCCUUACAUUGCCGCAGCAAUUGGAGCCUCUUGCAGAAGGUAUUUCUAGUGAUGAUGCCAAUACAGAUGAAGCACAAUUCUUUGCUACUGAAUGGAUGUUUAAGGUUGCUGAGGGAGCCACUGCAAUUUACAUAGAGCAGUUGCGAGGAAUUCAAUACAUAACUGAUCGUGGAGCUCAGCAGCUCUCAGUUGAUAUUGAAUAUUUGGCAAAUGUUCUUUCGGCUUUGUCCGUGCCAAUUCCUCCAAUACUUUCAACAUUUCAGACAUGUCUUUCCACCCCUAGAGAUCAAUUAAGAGAUCUGAUCAAAUCAGACUCGGGCACUCAGCUUGACCUUUCAACAGCCAACCUCAUAUGCAAGAUGCGGCGUCUGAAUUUAGAUCAAUAGUUUUGGUAGCCAAAGUUCUAUAACGACCUUUACAAUCGUUUCGUUCAUGAUAAUCAUAGAAUUACCUGAGUCCAUGGUGCAUACAUGGCUACAUGCCCUGAGCAUAUAUCAGCAAGCCUUUGAUAGUAUUCAUCUCUUCCAGGGAGGUUGAUUUGGUUUCAUCCACUAUGUGUGGUGCGCUAAAUGGAUGUGGUGUAUGAGUGGAUGUUCGAGCACAAGAUGUCCAAGUUGUACAGUAUUGCACUGAAUCAUAGUUUUGGAGCAUUACAGCCACUAUAGAGUAAUGAUUGAAGUAAUACGGGGGAGGUUAUAAUUAAAGGCUCAUUUCACUAUUACUUCUCUUUGUAUUUUAUUGAGAGGUUCUGUCGUUUGUCUUGAAUUUUGCUCAGAGAAUGAUUGGUGUGAGCUUGAUUUGAUUUUUCUGGUAUAUAUGGUAUCUCGUAUAUUUACAGAAUAGUAAUUCGUACCACAUUUUACAACGAUCUUGAUUCUUGCACAUUUAAUUUUGU